AUGGAGCUGUCGGCCCUGAAUCGUCUGUUUUGUUUAUUGCAUCAAACAAAGGUUGGUGGGUUCAUGCAGACUCCGAAACUGUGGUCUCGGACCCUGAGAUCUGAUCUUGGCAACAAGAAGAGGGGCGCACCUUCCCGCCUGGAUGCGAGUGGGACCUCGAGCCCACCAUCGUCAGUCGCAUCGCUCACCAACAUCAACGCCAACAACAGUCUUGAAGCCAACAGGCCCAGGCCGUCCAGGCCAGGAGAUGCGCCCUCGGCGGCUCGGAUCAUUCGCCAGUAUGACGACUGUGCAAGGUCACCGUCGUCCACAGACCGACCUCGCCACAUCCGUCAUUCUCACGAACACCAGCCCUCUCCGAUCGCAGACGCCUCACACCAAGCCAAAACGACAACUCUCCAUGUCGAGACCGAUGGCGACGCCUUUGCCAGAACGGGCUUGGCCAUCUGCAACGAAAUAAAAUUUGCGCCGAGCACCAAACAACUCUUGGAGGACUGUAGAACAGACCGCGGGGAGUUCCUGCGGGCAAUCAAGGAAGCUAAAGCGGCUCUCCCAACCGGGCAUGGAUGGGAAGCCGCGAUAGCCGCCAAGAAAGAAAAUGCUGACAUUCGUGAUCUAAUGAGGAUUUACCAUAGGUUUGAAUGCCACAAUAUCUACUCGCAUGUUGUCGAGGCAGGGUUCCAUACAGGCACCCAUUGGAUCCGGGAAAUGCGAACUGUGCUGGUUAAUAAGCUCUGCCAGGACUUCCCGGAGCGUUUCCAAAACCAAAAGACGGCCAACAAAUGUUUGAACUGGGUUGAUCAGGGCUGUAGGUAUCGUGAGUGGACUGACAUGCUCAGCGAAACAUCAGAUCUUGGAUAUCUUCUCGCGCUGCCUGCAAAUGUGCCGCACUCAGCGUACACAUCCAGAUGUACCAAAGAGCAAAUGAGUGCGGCUGCUCUCAAGUUCAAAAGCCUAGGCAUCGAUAAGCUGGUGGAGGAUUUGGAACUUUCGGAACUGGGCAACCAUAUCGCGACAAAGUUGAGGGAAAUGACGGGCAAGAAGCGCAAGGAUGCUGAUGGUAGGCUCUCUCGGAGCGCCCUCGUGUCACAGCAAUCGCAAUGCUUAUACAUGCGAACCAGAAGAGCCGAACCAGAACUCUCGUAA